AUGCCGCUUCCCGCAUCCAUCAACCUACUUCAAACCUCGAUCACCGAGCUCUCAUUGCUACUCGAUGCCGGCACAAUCACCUCAGUCGACCUCGUUGGCGCGUACAUUGACAACAUCGAGAAGAACAACAUAGCGGGUCUUGGCCUUCACGCGAUCAUCCAAGUUGCUCCGCUCGACUCGGUCUUCCAGAUCGCAGCAGUCCUGGACCAGGAACGACGAGAUGGAGCGAUCCGUGGUCCCCUACAUGGUAUCCCGAUCUUGGUGAAGGACAAUAUCGCGACUGCAUCCGAGCUGGGAAUGGCUACUUCUGCUGGGAACACCGCUUUGCUGGAGAGCGUGGUGUCUGGCGAGGCGGAGGCUAUCAAGAGGAUGAGGAACGCUGGCGCAAUCAUUCUCGCCAAGACCAACCUCACGGAAUUGAGCAACUUCAGAGGCAAAGGCUUACCUCACGGCUGGUCUGCCGUGGGCGGUCAGACGUCUUCCGCCUAUGUUCAGGGCGGGUACGCGAACGGCGGAGACCCUAUCGGCAGCUCGUCGGGCAGCGCAGUGGGCAUCAGCGCUGGAUUCGGAGCAAUCGGGCUAGGCACCGAGACCUUUGGCUCGAUCGUCAACGCCGCCAGCCGAGCUGCGCUCUAUUGCGUCAGGCCCACUACUGGCCUGAUCCCAAAUGAGGGCACCGUACCUGUCAGCUAUACUGCCGAUACCAUCGGUCCCAUGGGGUUCACCUCCACCGACGUAGCUAUUGUGCUAGACACGCUCGCGCAGACGGAUGGAAAGUACCUCCGUGCCGCUCGUGUACCCACGAUGGCAGGUUUGCAGAUCGGUCUCGUACGUCGCAACUUUCUAGACGAGGCCGACGGACGGUCCAUUCUCUCUCAGACCGACGUUGACGAAUCCAUUGGCGCCGUGUACUCGGCCGUAACGGCGAUGCGCCAAGCCGGCGCGGACAUCAACGACGUCAACAUGGACAUCAAUGCGGCUGAUUGUGACGAACUCCUCAGCAUCCAGUUCGCGAUCUGGCGGACCGAUAUCAAGGAGGAUAUGGCGGAGUACCUAGGACGGCCCAAGACGAGUCCCGUGCGGACCCUGGCGGAGCUGGUCGAGUGGAACUUAAAGCACGCUGCGGAGGAAUUGCCCCCAAAUGCGCCGAACCAGGACAUCUUCGUUCAAGCUCUCAACGCACCGCCCAGAGACUCGGACGAGUACCGGCUUCUCCAGGCUCGCGCGGCGGAUAUUGCGGUCAAGAGGGGACUCGACCUUAUAUUCGAAGAGCAUAAACUCGACGCAGCCAUCUUCGUUACUGAGCUGGGUAUACCUUAUGGUGCUGCCCCGCUCGGGAAUAGCAAGAACGGCGCCCCAUUCGGUAUCACCUUCGCCGUCAAACCGAACGAGGAGGAGAAGCUUAUCAGUAUCAUGUCUGAAUACGAAUCGAUCACCCCACAGCGACGGAUUCCUGAUCAUAUGUGA